AUGCGAUUUCUCUCUGUUAUUUACGUUUUGUUACUCGCUUUUGUAAUAAUUGGUGCAAUUGUGAAAGAAGAAGAACAUCAGUGAGUUACCUCAAAGUUUUCACUUCGUCAGUCGCGUGCGGAUGCGCGUUGCGGUCGGGAAACAGUCAAUAAUGUAUUUUUUUCCAACCGCGACGCAUGGCCGCACGCGACUGACGAAGCAACUUUUUUUGCAGAACUGAAUGAAUGAAAAAACUCUACUUCGUCAGUCGCGUGCGGCUGUGCGUCGCGGUCGGGAAACAGUCAAUAAUGUAUUUGUUUUCCGACCGCGACGCACAGCCGCACGUGACAAUUCAGUUCUGCACUAGUUUUUUUAAACAAUUUUUAUGACAACCACAUUUUUCAACUGCGAAAAUACGGUGCCACAAUUUUUGAUGUGAACUUUUUUCUGAUCUGACUCCCUUUCAGAAGUUAUCCUAAUUUCCAUGUUUCCAGUAUCCGUCAAAAACGUCAAUACCUUGGUUACCCUGGUAUGGGCUUCCCAUAUUCAUAUGGUUAUGGAUACAAUCCCUAUAUGUUCCCUCGCCCGAUGCCCCCACCAUUUUAUGGCGGCGGUUUCGGAUAUUCACCAUACGGAUUCUAUGGAUGA